AUGAUAAAAGAACCCACAGAAAACAAUAUAAAAGAAUUCAGAGACUAUGGAAACUUGUUAAAUGAUAUAAUAAAAAUAGGGAACACGGAAUUUCAUGAUAAUAAGAUAAAGCAAAACAAUAACAGCAGUAGAAUACUUGGGGAAUGUGUGAAAGACAUCUCUGGCAGGGAAAAUAAAAAUAAGACAAUCACUAAAAUCAAGAAUGAGGACAACAAAUAUGCUACUGCUCGGGAGUUUGUAAAACAUUUCACAAAUAUCGGCAAAAAGCUUGCGGAGAAAAUACUACAGACACGCCCUAUCAAGCAAAUGCAUAAGCUCAGUGUAUUAACACUACCUUGUGCAUACAUUUUAGAGUGCCUGUUACAUGUCAGGAAAAACGUUGACAACUAUGACAGGAACCUCAGGUUCCACAGCUAUGAUACUAGAUACCAUAAUGGUAUGUCCAUACCCUACAGUAGGAUCGACAAUUCCAGCGAUGGGCAUAAUUAUUAUGGUAUCAAGUUCUUUAAUGCUCUUCCUGAGUCAUCUCCGGUUUUAAAGUUGGACGUCAGUGCUGGUGAUCCAUUUUCCAAAAGCAAAGAACGUAAUCAAUAA